AUGGCAACUCUCCAAGAAUGCGGCGUUAACUGCCGACAUCUGGGCUUCGUCUGUCAGCCCCUGGUCCAUUUAGGAAAUCGUUCUUUGAUUCCUAAUUGGUCCUCUCAAGGUCGAGAGGAUCUUUCGCCGGCGAACUCUCUGAACGGGUUCUCGGCGGACAGCUGCGAUGGCUCCAAGAAGAAGAAGGGGUCGGCGGCGCGACAGCAGGAGGAGCUCUGCCUGGUCUGUGGUGACAGGGCAAGCGGGUCAGUGAUACAAUUACAUAUAUGA